UAAAUAGUGGUUGAUAUCAGCGUUUCAAAAUUCGCUAAUCGUGCUUGAUUUUGUCCACAUUAGGAAAUCUCGACAAACACUUUUUGCUGUGAAAUUCUUUAAUGAAGCACAAUGAUAUGUGACACCAUUUUGACUUCGGACAUUUUAGUUACGUAUCGUAUCGGGAGGGGAUGGUAGUAUGGUGUGUGAAAUGGACGUGCUGCGGUCGGACAAGAACAGCCACGGAACCCUACACGGUGGGCUGAUCUGUACUUUGGCCGACACCGUGUCCUCUUGGGCUUUUCACGUGGUCGAGCGCACGCAAGUCAGCGUCAGUACCGACCUUCACGUCAUGUUUAUGAAGCCCGCGUUAGUUGGUACGACGAUUAUAAUAGAGGCUCGGACGGUCAAGCGUGGUAAAAAAAUGGUCUUCCUGGAGGUGACCAUCAAGGACAAAGAAAAGGGAUUCAUUGUCGCUAAAGUGAGCCACUCCAAGCUGAUACUAGAUGUCGGAACAAAGCUAGUCAAGAGUAACAUGUGAGGGUUCCCAUCUCAUCACAGAUCAGCAAUGUUAAGGGCUCCCAACUCAACAAAAAAUACAUUCCAGGGAAUCCUCAAUAGUCGAGAGAAGAAAUAUUUGAAAGAAUCCAAGCUUGCGAGAAGUAAUCUGUAUUUACAUGGUAUAUACCCUUUCUCGUGUGAAUUUAGAUUUGGGAGGAACCAAUUGCACGAGAAGUUGUUAUUCGAGAGGAUCCACUUUCCGGAGAAGUAAGAUAUAAGUGACGAUGGUCACGGACUGGCAUUAAUUGAUCUAUGUAAAUAAAGAAUAUUUAUACUACAGUUAAUGUUAUUGCAAUAGUGAAAUAUUAUUGUUAUACGCACGAAGAACAAUUAAAA